GGAAAUGUAUAUAGAUUCCAAAAGCGGACAGGUUUUUUGGGGGGUUUUAGCUUUUAUUUCUCCUCUUUAAGAUAUAUAUUUUUUUACCAAGUCGUAGUAAUGCAAACGUGGAGUCUCGUGUCGCUUUGUGUGCUGCUCGGCCUGGUUGUGAGAUGGGGUGUUUCCUUAAAUUCAUAUUCAGGGGAGGGGAACCCUCCCAUGUUCGGCGACUACGAGGCUCAACGGCACUGGCAGGAAGUGACGUACAACCUUCCGGUCCAGGAAUGGUACUUCAACACCACUGAGAAUGACUUGAACUACUGGGGUCUUGACUACCCGCCUCUGACCGCCUACCACAGCCUGAUCUGUGCCUACGUAGCCAAGUCCAUAAACCCUGACUGGGUGGAGCUUCACACAUCCAGAGGUUAUGAAAGUCCAACGCACAAAGUGUUCAUGAGAGCCACAGUCCUGGUGGCAGAUCUGAUGAUAUUCAUCCCUGCUGUGGUGUUAUACUGUUUCUAUCUGACUGAUGGCUCCUCUAAAAAGAAGGUGUCCACUGUGUUCUGCUUCCUGCUCUACCCCGGCCUGAUUCUCAUCGACUACGGACAUUUCCAGUACAACGGGGUGAGCCUGGGCUUGGCCCUGUGGGGGGUCCUGGCUCUGGGCCUGGGCUGGGACGCAUUGGGCUCCGUGGCCUUUAGUCUGGCUCUCAACUACAAGCAGAUGGAGCUGUACCACGCUCUGCCCUUCUUCUGCUACCUGCUGGGGAAGAGCCUCAAGCUGGGCCCGGCGGGCCGAGGGUUUUUGCUGUUGAUGAGAGUUUCCUUGGCGGUGUUGGUGACCUUUGCCCUCUGCUGGCUGCCCUUCCUGUCCGGCCCCGGUGACGCCGUGCAGGUGGUUAGGAGGAUCUUUCCCGUGGCUCGCGGCUUGUUUGAGGAUAAGGUGGCCAACACAUGGUGCAGCUUGAACAUCCUGAUAAAGAUCAGAUCCAUUCUGUCCAGCGACUCCCAGAUCUACCUCAGUUUGGCCUGCACGCUCCUGGCAGUCCUCCCGUCCAGCCUCAGACUGUUGAGCAAGCCGACCUUCUGGCAGUUCAAACUGUCCUUGGCAAAUUCCUCUCUGGCGUUUUUCCUCUUCUCCUUUCAAGUUCACGAGAAGUCCAUCCUCUUGGCCGCCUUGCCCGUCCUCCUCCUGCUGAAUGACCUCCCCCUGAUGGUCAUCUGGUUCCUGCAGGCCUCGACGUUCAGCAUGCUGCCUCUGCUUCUGAAGGACGGGCUGCUGGCGCCCUACGCCGUGACCUCGCUGGCCUUCCUCUUCUUCAGCGUCUACCUGCUGUCCCCGCUGGAGACCUGUUCAGAGGACGAGUUGAGACUGGGAGCCUACCACAAGCUGCUCUUCUGCCUGCCCAGACUGGACCUGGCCCGGAUUGUGAGAUGGACGUUCUUCAUCAGCGUCGCAGUCAUGGCCGCCGUGAGCGUCCUGACCGUCGCUCUGGAUCCUCCGCCGCACCUCCCCGACUUGUUCCCCGUGUUGGUGUCUUCCGUCGCUUUCGCGCACUUCUUGGGGACGUUCGUCUAUUUCAACGUCGUCCAGUUCAGCGAAGCACCGGCGAGGCGGAAGAGCCAGAAGAAGAGCAACUGACGACGGUGAGAUGCCCUGAAACGGCCCUCGUAUCGCUUCAGGGAAGCUCGUGUCACACUGUGGGUUACGACUACUCUUUAUGGACAUACAUGCGUCUUCUCAUCAUGACCCCACUGCGACUACUCAAGAACAUUAAUUGGCAACAAUCAAUUAAAGUUAAAAAAAUGUUUUGAAAAAACCCGAUGUUGGAAGGUUCUGAGAGUUUUCUGUUUUUCUUUCCCUGCGUUGGAGUAAACUGAACGUCUUUGUUUUUUGUUUUUGUUUUUUUAUUGUCCAAAUGUAUUAGCCGAGAAAAUAAUCAGCAAAUUAACGGUUCAGGUAAAUAAUCAUUACAUGCAGUCCAACACAAAUACUUCUUAAAGGGCCCCAAAAAAUCCGUAUUUUACAAGAUGGCACCUCAGAGGACGUAAAAAAAUAAAAGGAACGGAUAUACGGAUCAAAUAAAUUCAUGAAUCGGUCGCUUCUUCUACUAAAUCUCCAUCAGAAUGUUUGGUUGGUCCAUUGAUACUCAACUCUUAAACCACACUAUUGCCGGUUAAUCAGACGAGUACAAACAGACAGGCAGUGGCCUCGGAUGCCUAUGUGUCUGUAUGCUAACGCUACAACAAUAACAACACCUGUUGAGCGGUUGAGUUGUGGUCAAGACCACGGAGAGAGGUGUCCCUUUCAUCCCGCGGUCACUUUUAAAUCCACAGUUUGUGUUGCCGCUCGACUUAAUGAUAUUCGAAGGUGUUCCUGUUAUUUUGUCCACCCUCGGUACCUACGCUUGGUGUUGUGUGAUUAAUCCGCGUACCAGAUGGGACCGGUCCCAGGUCUAGAGCGGUGACUGUUGAUCAUAAUUCAUGUUUUUUCUUUUUUACGGUUUUAUAUUUUAUAUUUUUUUGUACAAUCCUCGUUUUUUGUGCGAAAAUAAAUAAAAUUCCUCCACUGACUUUUUAAAAAGCGAACACCAA